AGAGCAUCACUCCAGUCUUCAGCUGGACAGCCCACGCGACGUCCCCCAGGCCCCGCCGCCGUGCACUCCCAGAUCCCCGAGACCACGAGCUCCGCGGUCGCAAUGAGGGCCCUCAGCAUGGUGGUGUGCGCGCUGCUCGCCCUGCAGGUUGAGAGGUGCCAUUCUUCCGCCUCCGAGGAGGCUAUCCAGAAGGUAAAAAAGUGCGCCGAAGAGCAAAAUAUUAAAGCAGAUGAUAUCAGGCCCUUUUUUGAAGAGAAGGAAAUUUCCAAAAAUGCCAAAUGCUUCUUUAAAUGCAUGAUGACGACCUUCAACUUGCUCAGGGAAGAUGGCACCAUCUAUGCCGAGCCAGCAAUCAUGGAGUGCCUCAAGGACGAAAAGAACGACGACCUGUGUGAGGUGGCGUUCCAUUACGAAGCCUGCUUGGUCAAGACAGACAAAGACGAGUCAUUCAAGAGGGAACUGAUGUCCAUUUUGGAGAUGAUUUAGAAACCUGAAAAUGCAGAUUGCCUUCGAAGACAAGCGCCAAUCAAGUCCUCAUGCCCUACAGCCACCUCCACCUCCGCGGCCGUGCAUUAUAAUAAACUAUUGUCUGAACCCCCAAAA